CACUGUUUCAGUUUAGCCCUUUAUUGAUUCCAUAUGCUAAGUCUCAAAGGAAAUAUGCAAGAUUCCUCUUUCACAUAAGCUGACAGAAGCGUUUAACCAUAAAACUCAGCCACAGUCAGUGAGCAAAUGGUUUUUAGUUUCCAGAUUAAUUUAUACAAUGAAGACACCCACAGCUGAGUGUUGCUGAUGAGGUGAGGUGAAAGUUAGCAAACGAAACCAAUAUUAAAGCUGUGUUUUACGACAACCAUAUUGCAGUUUUGUUCUGUGAAACAUCUCGCCUGAGAAUCUGGGAACAAUUUAAGGACUAGAGUGCCCCAAAACCCAAAAGGCAACCAAAGAAAUUCGUCAGAGACAAAACCAUCACAAUAAGAAUGACCUUCAUCACAGGGCUGCCAAUAUUAAUACUUGUCUUCAGUGUAAACAUUCAUUGUCAAGAAAACUAUGAUGGUCCAUUUGCUCCACCUCCACGACAACGACGUAUUCGUACACCUAUAGAGACUGAUCUAUAUAGAUUCUUUCCCAGAGAGUGUGCUCAAGAAUGCAGAUGCACACCAUCAUUUCCUUUGGCUAUGUACUGUGACAAUCGAAAACUCAAAUAUGUGCCCAAUAUCCCAGCACAUGUGCGAUACCUUUAUCUUCAGAUCAACGAAAUUGAAAGUGUACCAGAAAAUGCUUUUGUUAAUGCAACAUUGCUUCAAGAAAUUAAUCUUAGCCACAAUAAAUUGAAGUCUUCUAAGAUACCCAAAGGUGUGUUUGGAAAGCUCCAAAAUCUGAUUGGCCUUAACCUGGAACACAACAAACUUGAAGAAGUUCCAGUUCCACUUCCUAAAUCUCUUCAAAGACUUACUUUGGGUUUCAACAAGAUUACUAAACUGCCUGCUGACAAUUUUCGUACACUAAUUAAUGUAACAAUGCUGGACCUGAGCAAUAAUAAACUUCCUGAUGGCGCUGUCAAGGGAAAUUAUCUUGGAAAAAUGAAGGGUCUCCUACAAUUAAACUUGCACAGCAACAAGCUGAAAUCCAUGCCAGGAGAUCUUCCAUCUUCUCUGCUGCAACUUUCAGUUGAAAACAACUCAAUAUCAUCUAUCCCAGAAAAUUACUUCAGAAAAACUCCAAACCUCAUCUCAUUAAGGAUGACAUACAAUAAGCUGAAACAAGUCCCAUACAGUGUGUUCAAUCUCUCAAAUUUAUUGGAACUGAAUCUAGGACACAACCAACUGUCUGAAACCUUCUACGUUUCAAGGCAACUAGAGCACCUGUACCUCAACAAUAACAACUUUACAACACUUAAUAUUACCUUGAUGUGCCCAGCAAUUGAUAUCACAAACCCAAACCAUCUGACAUAUAUACGGCUUGAGAAAAAUAUGCUGAGACGCCCUUUCAGCAUGUAUAUCUAUGUCUGCUUCCCUCGUCUCCGAAAUUUAGAUUUUGGUGAACAGAAUCCCGCACCAAUUGUUGAAACCCAAGGAGCCCCUGGACUGUUUGGAAUACCAAUGUCACCACCUGAUGGAGAACCAGAAAGUCUAAUCAAUUACUAGCUAUUAUCCAUGUAACGAAUUAAUAAUAGCUUCAAAAGUAAUUAUGCAUCUCAUCUACCUAUUGCAUAAUUUGUCUAAACCACAAAAGCAAACAAAUGUCAUGUUGUUUUCACUCGACUGUCAAUUUCUUUAUCAAAAUCUGCCUACAAAAAGAUGGUACAUUCUGAGAUUGGAAGUCAAAAUGAAUUUUAUUUUUAAUUUCGACUAACUUUUUAAAACAAGUAUUUGGAAAAUGCAUUUCCACAGGGACAAAGAGAAACAAUUGGUUCUAUCAGUUUGAAUUAAAUGAAUGAAUUAGCUUUAUCACCACUUGUGACAAUAACGGAAAAAGACAUCGUUUUAAAGCUAGUUAGCAUUUCAUUGCAAGACUUAAUGCAAAACAAUGUACAUUUUUGAACAGAACCAUGAAAUGGAUCAUCCCAUAAUAAAGGACCCCCUUACAUGGGGCAUGCCAAAUUGACAGCCAUAGGGAUGAGCACAUGAGCCAAUUGCAUAUAUUACAACUUUUCCGUUGUAAUUUGAUAAGUGUUGAUAACACCUAGAUUACAAAAAUACUCAUGAUGUACACUUAUAUUUGAGAAAAGACUGACUUCAGGCAGAAGUGAACACAGGAAUCUUCUUGCACAUAAAGGAGAAUGGGGUGGCAUCACAGCAUAAUGUGGAGAAGAUCCAGUUGCAAAGAAUGAAUGUUGAAAAUCAUACUUGCGUGCCUCCAGUAAAAAACAAGCUCAAAGUUAAAAAUCUAAUUUCAGCCUCCAUUUAUUUAAUCAUAUGUUCUACAUCAAUUAUGCCACAUUUGUCCUUUAGUCUAGCUAUUGUCAAGUCUCCUUUCACUUUAUGCAUGCAAACAAUUCUGACUAUCACAUACCUCUAAGACUGUACAGUCAAGAUUGAAUUACAAUCAAUAUAUAUGUAAUAAUGUUAUGUAAUGCACAUGUUUUAAAAGAAAAUCACAUUAUUAAACUGAUGUAGAAGAAAAUGAGCAAAUAUCAAAAACAAAACAUUAGGUUCUCACAGAAGUAUUCUAUGAAACAUAGGAAAUUAAAUGUAUUUAGAUUCAUUCUUCCUAUACUGCACGUUUCUACCUAACAUGUUCAAAAAUUUUCAGAAAACUCAUUUCUCAAAUUGUCAUACUUAACAGUUACGAUUGGGUUGGGAUAUCUGAUCGGCAUGGACAAGUUUCCGUGCCGUACAUCUCUAUAACUAUGACUGAGAACUCACAAUAAAGAUUCCACCUAAAUAAUCUAACUUUCCAUGAAAUUGUAUACUUAUGCUGCUUAGACUUUUAUUCACAAUAACUUUGCGUAACUUUUUAUUAAGCUUACUUUUGCAAAUGCUGUAUUUAAGUAGCAGAAUGUUAAGGUUGUGCUGAAGUUGA